UUGAACCGAAAGGGGAGAUUUUUGUGGCAAUCAAAGAAGUGGAAACUGAAAACAUUCGGAAUUGUGAGUGAAAACGGGAAUAAAAACAAAUCUUUGAUUUUCUAGUGAACUGCGUUUUAUGAGUUAACACACAUAAGUGAAAAAUAAACUUUUAUAUCUGGUAUCGUUUCCUUUUUUGUGCUAAACAUUUUCAGUGCUGAUGUGCCGAAAUUAUAUUGCGGCGGUUCACAGUCCACUUCUUCCAAGGCUGCCUGACCUUUGUGGCUCAAGCAUUAAAUUCGAAUAGAUUAGAAACUAAUGAUAGCGCAAUUUGCUCGCCGCCGCGCCGUGCAGGCUAAAAUGAUAAGCAUGCCGUGAAAAUCGGAAGUUGUUAAUAGUAAAAACCAAUGCAGGGUUCGCAUACCACCACCCAUAAGUGUUCUGAAUUCAUAUCAAAGCGUAAAAAUUUCGGAAACAUUUUUUUAUCAACCUGGCCGCUGCAAACGGGGAAUUUAAAAAGUUCUUUGGUGGCGAUAUGGACGAGGAAGAGGAGGAAGUAACUGAUAUUAAAUUGCAGAUUUUUCAUAACAAUCUACGUGAAAACAUCAUAUUUCUGCUGCUAUUAAUGUUGUUGUAUCUAGCCUCCUAUGCGCUGGUGUCACGUUUUCGUCGAAAAGAUCGUGACGAUCUCUUCUCCACCGAUGAAGAUGAAGUGCUCGUCUAUCGCAUAAGUUCCUGGUUGUGCACAUUUUCGAUGGCGAUCGCCGUGGGCGCAGCACUUCUGUUGCCGAUUUCAAUAGCCAGCAAUGAAAUUUUGUUGCUGUACCCCAACAGCUACUACGUGAAAUGGUUGAAUAGCUCUCUUAUACAAGGUCUUUGGAAUCACGUGUUUCUAUUCUCCAAUCUCUCGCUGUUUGUAUUUCUGCCUUUCGCGUACUUAUUCACCGAGUCCACAGGGUUUGUGGGACAUAAGAAGGGCAUAAUUGCACGCGUCUAUGAAACAUUUACAGUAUUCAGUCUUUUAGCAACGGUUGUCUUGGGCAUAACCUAUGUACUGUCCGCCGUCAUGGAUCCGGAAAGAAUUGGAUUUUUGUCACUGCUAAAUUUGGGCAGUGUACAUCUACCAUUUCUAUACUCCUGCGUUUCAUUUCUGGGUGUGCUUCUACUUCUCGUUUGUACACCUCUUGGUUUCGUUCGUCUCUUUGGCGUAAUGGGACAAGUGCUGGUGAAGCCGCAUCUGCUUCGCGACGUCAAUGAGGAAUACCAAGUAUACUACAUGGAAAUCGCCAGUGUGAAACGAAAAUUAGCGAACAUUGAACUGCUGAAUGUCAGCAUCAGUGGCAACGGUAGCAGCAGCUUGCGUUCCAGUUUUACGCGCAGCUACACAAAUGGUGGUGCCGGCGGCUAUUACAAACAUACAUCGUUGGAGCACCUGUAUCAACGAAAACCGCUAGAUAGCCACCAAAACGAGCAUGAAAAGCUCAAUCAAAGACUGAGAGAAUUGGAGUCUGAAAGUCGAGAGCUGGAAAAGCUACGCAAGUCGUCAGCGUUUCAACGCAACUUUGUCUAUCCACUGGCAAUGCUAUCGUUAUUGUUCUUUACGGGAAUAACAGUGCUGUUGGUGGUGCAAAAUACACUGGAGUUGUUAAUUGGAAUCAAAGCAUUACCUCUUAGCAAAAGAUUGCAGCAAUUCACACUUGGCAUCACGUCGCUGUCCAAGCUCGGUCCGUUUGGCGCUGGCUUAGAAGUGUGUCUAAUAUUUUAUUUGGGUGCCACUUCGGUCGUUGGGUUCUACACGAUGCCUUUUAUGCGUCAUGUGCGCCCACAAAAACGAAAAACUUCACUCGCCCAAUUGAUACUCAACUGUGCGUUGGUUUUAAUUUUGAGUUCAGCUCUGCCGCUGCUCAGCAGAAUUAUUGGUAUUACGAACUUUGAUCUGUUGGGUGACUUUGGUGCCAUAGAAUGGCUCGGCAACUUUCAGAUUGUUUUACUUUACAAUUUGAUCUUUGGCACCACGACGGCGCUUUGUUUGGUUAAUAAAUUUACAGCAGCUGUGCGUCAAGAGUUGUGUGCGCGGUUAGUAGAGAACUACGUGCUCUUCACCAAUUACAUGUCAUUCAUUAAUUGAUAUUUAUGUCAUCGGCGCAAUCAAACCUUUUCUAGUGACCGUACCACCCAAAUGUCGAUGAGUAAGCAACGCUUACUUUUGCAUGGCAUUAUUACGGGUUUGGGCAGUGGUUUUGUUGCGUCGCAAAUAACUAAGCUGGUAGGUUACUAUUAUGAUAGCAAUGCAGUUGAAGCAAAUACUAACGGUGAUGUAGAGAGUUGAAGUGGGUUAGAGCAAAGCUUGGCUGCGACCCUCACAAUAGUCGGCGAUACAUUUUCCGUAAAGGAGCGGAAAUAUAAAAAUUACCAAUCCACGAAUGCCAUUGCGACAUUAAAUUUCGGCGCAUUUCACUAUAAUAAGUAUUUAUUUAUCAGAAGGAUUCUCCCAAAUUCUCUUAAACGAUUUUAUGUUUAGUCAAAAAAAAAAAAAAACGUUUUAUCAAAAAUUUAACUUAUUGUAUUUCGAAUUUCGUUAGUUUUAAUUUCUUUGGAAUUAGUUAAUUAAAAUUUUUUAAAACUUUUUUGUAUGUCUAUAAUGUAAACAAGUCUUUAAAUAAAUAAGUAGGUACACUAGUAAAUACAUACAUACCUACAUACAUAUGGCUGAGCUUUCCAAUAAUACGUAUUUAGAAAAAACCUUUCGGUAAUUCGAAAUCCUUUCAUAGUUUGGCAGUUUAUUCCAUUUAUUGAAAUUAAACUUGUACAACCGUUAUUUUAUUUUAAUUCGAAACUUGAAACUCAUUUAACAAAAGCAAAAAAAUGUCAGUCUAAUUAUUCGUAAAGGCGAAACGAGCUAGUCAGAGCACUUCCUUUAAACAUUUUAAAACUUUCAUUUACUAACAAGUAACAACUGCAUGCUCGGUCUUUGUAUCGAAAUAUGUAUCUACAUGCGUUGCCAUUAAUCAUCCAAUGAACGCUAGAAUAAGGUUAAUUUAUAUUUAUAGUAUCGGCUACUAUUAUUAGGUACCAAUUUUAUAACAUACGCACGCAUAUAUGUACGUACAUAUUUUGUAUAUCUCAGGGACCGUAACGAUUAUAUAUGUAAACCUUUUGUGUGUGUUUUUUUUUAAACAAAAUUUAAACUCAGAAAGUAACUUUUGAAGUUGAUAUUUUCCCGAGUCACAAAGAUAAGCUAUUUCAGUACGAUUUUUUAAUAGAAAUUUGAGAAAUAAUCGUUAUUUACGGUCUAUGGUAUUUCUAGUUGGGGCAUAGUGCCAU